GGAGGACAGGGGGAGGAGGAGGAGGAGAAGGAGGAGGGAGGAGGAGAGGGAAGGAGGGGAAAGAAGAAAAGACAAAAGAUUCAUAAAACUAAACUAAAGCAGUUGUGGACGACAGCAAAAGUUCUCGUAAAACUCACCCUCUUACAAGUUGAAGGAAUGGGCAGCCUUCCAGUGGUCCUGCUCCUCUGCAGUUUCCACGCGUUCACAGCUGUUGCCCAAGCCCAGCAGCCCGAGAGCACUGACGCCACCUUGCCAGCCAACUGUAGGGAGGAGAUGUAUCCUUGCACCAGGAUGUACUCGGUUCACCGGCCCAUCAAGAGAUGUAUUGGUGCUCUUUGUCUCUACAGCCUUCCUCGUGUCUACGUGAUCAACAAUGAGAUCUGCAUGAGGACGGUGUGCCAACAGGAUGACUAUCUGAAAGCCGAACUGUGCAGAGAGUUGUCCGGGUGGCCCAGGCGUGUUGAGAGGUCAUCUAAUAGGAAACGCUGUCGCAAUCGCCGUAGCAACCCCAAAACCUGGGCAAACAAGGCCUGAUGGGGCCCAGGAUGGCGAUGUGACCACCUCUGAGGAUGGAGCCUCAAACCAGGGACGUCGUCAAAUAAAAACAGCCCAUAACACCAUAAAUCAACCACUCGACACCUGUGGGCCUUUGUUUUUUCUCUUUCACACAUACACACAAGUGUGCAGAGUCAUAUCUGUUUAUGUAUUAGUCUUUUGUGUGUGAAAUAUUGAAGCUCAUUUCAUCUGUGUUUUUUGACACAGAUCAUGUCUUCCAUGGUUUACGAUCCAUUAAAGGUACUGUAGUAAUGGG